CACGAUACUUCAAUUUCAUACAUAACCGCCGUCAUGUCCAAGGCUCGAGGUGCUGGAGGUGUCGACCAGAUCGUGAAAUUGAUCGUGGGAGCUGGACAGGCUAGUCCCAGUCCUCCCGUCGGUCCUGCUCUGGGUUCCAAGGGUGUCAAGUCGAUGGACUUUUGCAAGGAGUUCAACGCCCGAACUGCACACAUCAUCACCGGUACACCAACCCCUUGCCGAGUCACCGUCCGUCCCGAUCGAUCAUUUACCUUUGAUGUCCGAACACCGCAAACAUCAUGGCUUCUCCUCAACGCUGUUGAAGCACCCAUGGGAAAGAAGGGAAAACGAAAGGGUGCCGGCAAGCCUGGCCACGAGACUGUGGGAACCAUCACUUUGAAGCACGUUUACGAGAUCGCCAAGAUCAAGCAGUCCGAGCUUCGACUCUCAGGCCUGUCUCUAGAAGGUCUUUGCAGGGCAGUUAUAUUCCAAGCAAAGUCGAUAGGUAUCGAUGUGGUGGCUUAAGGAACGUUUACGAAUCAAGAAAAUCAAAGACCACGUAUGUGGCAUGUAUAAAAGAUCCCCAGCAUGAUAUUACAAGUGUACAUCAGUUUUGGAUACGGUCUGGGCUUUAACCUCUAAAGAAAUUAAUUGCUCGAUUGCAUCAUCUCAG